CUCCGACAUGGCUCCACCGCAAGCGGUCCCCGUCAUCGACAUCUCGCAGCUCGACGACCCGCACUCGCUCGCCGACGCCAUAAAGGACACGCUCGCCUCGACCGGCUUCCUCUUUGUGACGGGCCAUGGCCUCGAGCACCAGGCCGAGCGCAUGUUCGACAUCUCGGAGCGCUUCUUCCGCGACGAGACCGACGACGAGAAGCUGCGGUGCGCCUACAGCGAGAACAAGGGCUACACAAGAUUCUCCCAGGAGGUGCUCGACCCGACUCGGCCAGCUCCCGACCUCAAGGAGGGCUUCAACACGGCGCACAUCCAGCUCGGCGAGAACGGCAACCCGCCCGUACCGUCACAGCCUCUGCCCAACCUGCUACAGCAGCACGCCGCCGAGCUCGCCGCGUUCCAGCACGCGUGCUUCUCGAUCUGCCAACGCCUGCUCCAGGCGUUCGCCGUCGCGCUCGACCUGCCCGUCGACUUCUUCACCUCGCAGCAUCACGCGGGCCCCGACUCGCGCUCGAUCCUGCGCUUCCUCCACUACCCAGCCAUCCCCGCCGGCGCCACCGUCGACCCGAACCGCGCCGGCGCCCACACCGACUACGGCUCGUUGACGUGCCUGUUCCAGCGCGAGGACGGCGGCGAGGGCCUCCAGAUCUUGCCCAGCACCGAGCCGCUCGAGGGUGGGCGGUGGAGGGACGUCGGCAUGGUGCGAGGGGCCAUGCUCGUCAAUGUCGGAGACGCCAUCGAGCUCUGGUCGGGCGCCAACUUCAAGUCGACCCUGCAUCGUGUCGUCCUCCCGACCCCGCUCCCGCCCACCGGCGUCCCCGAGCGCUUCUCGAUCGCGUGGUUCAACCAGCCCUCGCCCCAAGCCUCGCUCCGGACCUGCGUCCCCGUGUCGACCAUCUCGCCCGAGGACCGCGAGCGCAUGGCGCGCAAGGGCGUCGAGCCGGGCAAGGACGUGACAGCCGACGCGCAUCUCGAGGCGCGGCUUAAGAGCACCUACAAGCUCGCCAAGUAGAGCUGGGCGCGAGAGACGGGAGAUGGACAGAGGGCGUAGCGUGACGCUGCAUGGGUUUUUCGUCCGGU